AGGUCACCGCUAGGAGACGAAACAGGAAGAUGAAGUCACAUGACCUAAAAAUGGCCGUUGUUUGAUUCGGAAAAGAAAACAUGACACCCUUCAGCGUUUGGUUUCUUAUCGUCACAUUCGCGAUUUACUUCGUGUAUUGUAGUGCUAGUGAAAAACAGAGCGAUGUCUGUUCUAAGACUUGCAGUAGUUCAAUGAAUGACAGCUAUGUCACUGACUUCUGUCACGAACAUAGUCUCCAGGUACAGGGCAGAUGCUGCGUCAAUGUCACAAGGUCACAUCGGAUAUUAUUAGGCCUUGACGUUCAGGGAUGUGGACUGUCGCAGCUGACUGGCUUGUUCACAGAUGGAGCAUCUCUACAAGUCGUUCUACUCCAGGACAAUCCUGUGAAGAAUAUUUCAAGAACAGAUUUUGAAGGCCUCUUAGAAUUACAAUAUUUGGCUCUUCCUGCGGGCAGUGACUGUCCAGGGGGCGUGGAUGCGUGGGAGACUACCAAUACUACAGCCAAUGAAACACUGUGUCUACAGGAGCUGGACUUCUGCCUUGUACAUAAUGUGUCUUGCCCCUCCAAUUCCUACUGUGCUAAUACAGCGCCUGGGAUGAGUGAGUGCCUGUGUUUACCAGGUUACCAUGGAUACAAGUGUCUCAGAAAGGGUACAUUUCCCACAACAGUGUUUACUGCUGGAAUGGUGGGAUCAACUAUACUUGUGGCCGGCCUCCUCUGGGCCACGCAAAGACGAAAUGUGAAAAAACUUGUUUGAUAAUGUUCAUUCCCAUUGUUUCAUAUUCUGUCAGCCAAACUCUGCUCAGCAUCCACUCCGCUGUCUGCUCCAUUCCAACCUCAAUGUCACUUAGGCUUGUCUCCAGCAGAUAUAUGAUGAUAAAACUGUAAUACUGUUCAAAACCAAGUUAAAAUCAAUUUCAUACCAUUUUUAUACAGAUCAACAGACAUCCUCCUGAGGCAAGGGCGUUAACUGACUAUAAAAGUAGUUUCCACCCUUGACAGAACUAGGCUGGCAUUCUGUUGUCACAUUUUGCCUGAACUAAUGAAUCUAAUACAAAGCAUGUGUACCAUCAGUUGGUCAUUGACAGAUUGAUCAGAUCGUCUUGACUGGGUGCUGCGAUUUUGUUUGAAGCAAAUGCAAGUAUUAUGAGGUACAAUCUGAUUGGUCAAUAGGAGGGACAUAACAUGUAAUUGCCACUGGUGGCACUGUGAUUGAGCCUUGAAAUUCCAGCCUAGUUCAGCAAGGGUUAAAACUGUUACAGUCAGUUAGCACCUUUGCCUUGGGAAGAUAAUUGUGACAAGUGUAAAUUAUGCAAAAGUCAUUCCAUUGUGUUACUUCGACAGUGUAAGUUUGUGAUGUGUUCAUGUGUCUUCAUUGUUAUCCUACAGUUGUGUGAACAUGUAUUCAUUGUUAUCCCAGUUGUGUGAACAUGUAUUCAUUGUUAUCCCAGUUGUGUGAACAUGUAUUAAUUGUUAUCCUACAGUUGUGUGAACAUGCAUUCCUUGUUAUCCCACAGUUGUGUGACCAUGCAUUCCUUGUUAUCCCACAGUGCAAUAAACAUUGUAUAUAGUGUACAAAGUCAUGGGAAAUAAAUGCUUACCAGCUCA